AUGGCAGCAGGCUCCAGGAAACGUAGGAGGGCCAAUGGACGGCUCGCUUCGCCACCGUUGGGUCCUUCGCCGCUUCUGACUCGCAACCUGCAGUUGCUGCCGGUGGGCCUCACUCGUCUUCCAAGCGACGUGCACUUUGUCUCACAACUUCGCAACGACAUCGACGAGCUUCUAUCCGCAGUCGCAGAAGCCCUUCUACUCUUUGUUGUACAGUCCGAUGGAUCUGCGGCUGGACCCCAGGAUGAUGCAGUCCAAGAGGACCGGCCAGUAGCAUCCGUAUUCUCGAUCUUUGCCUCUCUGUGGCGCCGCAAAGGAUGGCACUAUGCUCAAUUCGCGUUCGGCGAUCAUACGGAUAGCAAGCAGGCAUUUGGCGAGGCAAUUUGCCGCGCGCUGCUCGAACAUCUGUCUCCCCACGUCGAUCGCCGAAAUGGCCUCAUGGCUCAAGGUCAAAAUGGUGAGGAUGCCGUCGCUUUCACCGACCUCAGGCAGCUGUUCGAGGCGUACGGAGUCCCAUUGGCGCUGUAUUUGUUCUGGUCCACACAGAUGUACUGUGACUCGGGCACCGGUGUCAAACACUGCCGCCCAGCCAUGGAGCGAAUUGCCAUCGAACAGGACUACUACGACUGGUUGCUCGAGCUGCCUCACGCAGUUCUGAAGCAUCUUGAAGCCGAGCCCAGAACGAAGCGCAAUGCUCACAUCAUCACGGCCGACCUCGUCGAGGUGCUUUGUCGGCUAUCUGGCUCGCCGCUCGACGACGAUGCAGGCGACGGCGCGGUUGCUGCAAGCGCGGGUGUCGGUGUUCGUGGCCGAGGCACAAAAAAGCAACGUAAUGCCCGCAAAACUUCGGGCGAACCAAAGCGUCGGCGACCGGAAGCAAGGAAGGCCGAAUCACGCAGCGCAUGGGAUCGCGCGGAUACUGUCUUUGAUGUCGUCCCAGCAUCUCGAUUCCACACGCGCAUGCCGCGAACCUGGCCGUCGGUUCGCGUCGUAUCGACCCUCGAGGCCAACAAAGAGUUUGGACGGCUCGGACACAUCGUCAAAAUUCAUCCGACGAACACCAACGACGCUGGCAGCAACGCUCAGGCGCCUGCUGAAUCCUCCCGUAGUGGAGGUACCGAUGCAGAGCGCCAAGACGUCUUAGGAGGUGCUCGGGAAGUUGUAGCCGGACUUUCGCGCGGGGAUGUGGUCCGUCUCAAAGCGCGGCAGAGGCUUGCACUAGCGUCGCUCGACCUGUCGAAGCUGGCGGAACAGAAGCACUCCGGCGAGAGCGGCUCCGACACGGCAUUGCGGCAUAUCGACACGUCGAAGCUUCUUGCCGAGACGGCAGAAGGCAGUGGAAGGGGCGCGUCGAGACAGCAGGCUAGAUACGAGAUCCAGACGCCCGCAUGGAUCAGCAGCGCCAAGUACACGGCCAAGAUGAAGCCGUGGCUGGAGCAGACAUCGACGCCGAUGCAGCAGUCGCUGGAUCGCGUGGCGAGCAGCAGCCAGAGAUACGCAGAGGCACGCAGCAGGAUCAUGCCUUCUUUCUCUAGCGCUGACGACGCUAAUCGUGCAGGGGAAGUUGAGCAAGCGUCGGGAGAGGAGGAUCAGCCGGCUGUUCAGAUCGACUUUGGCCAGUACGUGCUACAGAGCUUUCGAGCAGAACGACAGGGCCGAGGGAGCGCAACAGCAGCGAACGAGGCAUCGCAAGAUGCUACGGAUGGAGGCGGGAGCAGUUCGUCGGCAGCACGCGUUGCUGUGGAUGAUCCUGGUAGCUUGAGUCUCGAGUCACUCUACCGACUGGCGGCGGAACGCACCAAGACCGAGGCGGUGGCCAGGGGCGAGACGCUCAAGUCUUUGCGCGCGCGCACCUCUCGCCAUUCCUAG